AUGGAUCUUGGCGUGUGGCAGGGGGAAAAUUACAAAGAGACGGUGGAGACGGUGGAGGAGGUGGAGGAGGUGGAGGAGGUGGAGGAGGUGGACACGUACCAGGAACACGGCUAUGAACACGGCUAUGAACACGGCUAUGAACACGGCUAUGAACACGGCUAUGAACACGACUACGAACACGACUAUGAACACGGCUAUGAACACGGCUACGAACACGGCUAUGAACACGGCUAUGAACACGGCUACGAACACGACUACGAACACGACUAUGAACACGGCUAUGAACACGGCUACGAACACAACUAUGAACACAACUAUGAACACGGCUAUGAACACGGCUAUGAACACGGCUACGAACACGACUAUGAACACGGCUAUGAACACGACUAUGAACACGGCUAUGAACAGAACUAUGAACACGGCUAUGAACAGAACUACGAACACGGCUAUGAACAGAACUAUGAACACGGCUACGAACACGACUACGAACACGGCUACGAACACGACUAUGAACACGGCUACGAACACGGCUAUGAACACGACUAUGAACACGGCUAUGAACACGGCUAUGAACACGGCUAUGAACACGGCUAUGAACACGACUACGAACACGACUAUGAACACGGCUAUGAACACGGCUACGAACACAACUAUGAACACAACUAUGAACACGGCUAUGAACACGGCUAUGAACACGGCUACGAACACGACUAUGAACACGGCUAUGAACACGACUAUGAACACGGCUAUGAACAGAACUAUGAACACGGCUAUGAACAGAACUACGAACACGGCUAUGAACAGAACUAUGAACACGGCUACGAACACGACUACGAACACGGCUACGAACACGACUAUGAACACGGCUACGAACACGGCUAUGAACACGACUAUGAACACGGCUAUGAACACGGCUAUGAACACGGCUAUGAACACGGCUAUGAACAGAACUACGAACACGGCUAUGAACAGAACUAUGAACACGACUAUGAACACGUUUCGUUUGUGCUGCUCUGA